UCCGGUAGACCGGAAGUUACUGUAGAAUGCCUUUUUUUUUUAUUUUAUUUAUAUUCCUCUCCUCAUCCUCCUCUUUAUUCUUCUUCUUGUUCUUUCCCCUCUUUUCAACAUUUUGCUAGAAUGGAUUCAAAAUUAUCGACGAGACGUUGACAUUGAAUCGCGAGCCGUUUACUUUGUUUAUUUUUGUUCAUUGUUCGGAAAGUAAUUAUCUCGAUUAAGUUAUGCUUAAUCAAUAGUGGCUGGUUAGUCAUCCACUGAUGGAUGCAUCUGAUUAAAAGAAGCCAUGCUUAUGUGAGUGAUGUUCUGGAGGAAUGGCAGAAUCUGAGUGCCACUCUCAAGGGGGCCAACAAAAUCGAACUAAUUCCUCAUCCCGCUCCGUCUUAUCUUCAAUGACUCCUGGAGUUGGAACUCAUGUGCCGAUGGCUCCUGGAAGUGCAAACCAUACAUCAAUGAACAUGAGGUCAAACAUGCCAAAUGAAACAAGACAUAUGAAUAUGGAUGGAAACAACAUUGAUAAAAUGUAUCGCAAAUUUCCAUGUGCUCCAAUUGUUACGCCCUCAACAGCGACAUCAAUGACAUCUGGGAACCAGUCUGCUACUAUGUCUCUAACAUCUGAUGCAAAUAACCCUGUAUCCAUGAACCCUGGAGAACAAACAGUUGGAGAAGGAGAACAAAAUCUCGACAAGCUAUAUCGUAAAUUUCCCUGUCCAACAUGCUUUAAAGGUUUUAAGAGCAAGCAACAGUUAAUUCAGCAUAAUCUUGUACACACUGGUGCACGCAAAUACCACUGUAGCUAUUGUGAUAAAUCUUUCAAACAACUCUGUCAUCUACAGCAGCACCAUCGCAUACACACAGGAGAAAAACCUUACAAGUGCACUUUAGGUGACUGCGACCGCUCAUUUGCACAGCUGUCCAAUCUCCAACAUCACUUACGUAACCAUGACGAUCAGGUGAAAAAAGCUGCAAACAAACAACAUGCUUGUGUCAUCUGCAACAGAAGUUAUACCAAUGAAAGCAGUUUAAAAUCCCAUACACUAAAGAUGCAUGUUCAUAUCAAACCUCUACUCCCCAUCAAUGAUACAUCAGAAACUGCUAAUAAGUCUCACAAGCGUAAAACAAAACCAGUUAGCGGCCUAUACAGAUCACCCAUUAUGGUGCCCAUUCAUCAGGUCGGAAACAGCGACCAACGAAAAGGCAGCUCUGAUGGAAUUCUCUACAAAGUCAUGUCUGAAUGUAAGGGUUCAGGCAGAAUAUUAAAACAAGUUAAAGAUAGUAGUAGACAACCUAUAGUUAUUGAUUUGGAAACCAGUGGCAGUUCAGGCCAUUCACCAUACAAUGAGUCCUCUUACAGUGGUUUCACUCCUUCCAGUGAGGACAUUUCAUCACACAUGAGUAAUCAUAACAAUGCUAGUAACAACAACAGUCCAGUUAUUUCUCUGUCUGACAACCACGGCUCUCCUUCAACAACCCCUCAUCAUGAACAGAGUGGAGGAAGCCAGCAUCAAUCUAGUAUGAUUCACCAGCAUCAUCACCAACAACAGCAGCGGCAACAUCGACAACAGCAACGGCAACAGCAGCAACACCCACAGUAUACAGAUAUUCAUGACCAAAUGCAAACUUUCCCUCAUGUCACCAGCCUUGCUUCGCAAGAAGCCAGUUUUGUGACAUCUGCUCACCGUCGUGCUACAUCAGAAGCAUUAACAAGUGAGCUUCCUUCAUCAUCCGUCAAUAACUACAAGUUGUACUAUUCUCAAGGCAACAAUACCAUUCGCUCCAUGUCACCCCUUCCACCUGUUGGGAACAUUGAAAGAGAAAUACAGUGCUACCAGCCAUGUCUUAAUACCACUAACAACGUCAAUCAAAAUGUGCCCAUUUCAUUAAAUUUCUCUCCAUUGCGACAGUAAAUAUUUACAUAUAGUAUUUUACGUUUAUCUAUAUUCUAUAGGAACAUAUCUAUUCAUUCUGAUGGCAAAGAUUCCUUAUUUUUGUUCUUUGUUUUCUUGUUUUUAUUGAUACUAGUUGUUGGAAUCACUUUAGCGUUUUACAAUCCAACAAAGGAGUCUUUGGGUGGUUACUUGACCUGCUAGAAACACCAACCAGAUCUCCCUCAAAUCACACCCUGUUGUCUUAAAAGUGGGAGGCGCAUUGUUUAAUGUAAUCAUAGAAACAUUACAAUUGAAUACAAGACGUGGAUGGUCAUGGUUGGAACACCUUUGAUCCUAAGUCUGCUUUAUCAGGACUGACCUGGGGAUAAACAAUAACACUAUUAUGUUUCAUUAUAUGCCAUUUGGUCGAUCUGCUUGCUGUGUGGUCAGUUCAGUUGACUUUAAUGAUCCCCGAAUAUUUGGCCUUAUGUCAUUGCUAGAAAUGAUUGUUUUUACUAUUAUUACCGCCAUCAUUACUAGCAAGUAAUGAAGCUAAUGGUAAUAGUAACAAUAUUUAUAGUAGUAAUAGUAACAAUAAUACUAUAAUUAUUUUGUGACAGGCAUUGUUGUGUGGCUGUAAUUUGUUAGUAAACGAGUCUGUGACUGUUGCACUUCCUUGUUUUCACCAUUACACUUCACUAAUGAACAAGGAAAACAUAAACACUACAAUUUCCCAUUUUUUUUUUACUGUCAAAGUAAGUCUAGUUACAGUGUUUAGUUUUGGUUUUUCUAUAUUCACAUCCUGCCUGGGUUUCAUAACUUUCCUCUUGCUCUAGGGAUGGGCCAAUAAAAUAAGUACCAGUCAUAUACUGGGGUUGAUGAAUUCUAUUCUACCCAUCUCCUACAAAUUCGUAGCCUUGUGCCAAUGUAAGAAAUCAUCAUAAUCAUUAUUAUUAUUAUUAUUAUUAUUAUUAGAUUAAGUUUGAUCUAUUCAAUUUACCAUAAAUAUGAAUAUACUAUAAAAGACUAUUCAAUGCUUGCAUUCAAUGAAAUGAAAGACUGAUAAAAUAAUAAAAAAAAAAGAAAGGAAGAAAUAUCCCUUUCCCUCUGCAAAAACAAUAUGACUUCUAAGUGCUUGCACAUAUUUGUAUGAAACAACUUAUAUUUGCUGUUACUGUUGCAUUUGCCAUUACAGAACACUAGCCAAAGUGCAGUGCUUAUUAUAUUUUGCCUUGUUAGACUCUAAUUAUUUAAUUAGGUCCCUAAUGUGUAAAGCUAUUAAGAUUUGUUUAUUAUCUGUAUACACCUCCUUUUAAGAUGAUGCCAUCUAAACAGGAGUUUACAAUUAGAUCUAACUAGAUAUAUUAUUUUUGUGUUUGCAGCUUGUUGUUUCUUUAGCUUCAACUACUGUGUCUGAUCAUAGAAAAGACACAUGUUGUCUUUAAGCCAGUCCCAUCCAUCUGAAUGAUGCACACUCUCACCCUCUUCAUCUUUCACUUUAAUCUUUUUUUGGUAAUAUUCCUCUAUCAGUGGUGAUUGUGUUUUACUAGUUGAGUAAUUAGACUAAACUCUACAAUGUCCAGGAAUGCCUUAAAAACGACCAUCUAUUCAAAAUUGCCAAACAGUUCUCUAGAAAUAUGUUGAUUCUUCCUUAUUCAGUAAAUCUGUGUAAGUCAAGACAUUAUUUUCAGUGUAAACCAUUAAAGUUUUGGGAAUAUAAUCCCUAGCUUUUUGAACAGUCAUUUUAUUAAUAUUUACCAAAAGAUUUGUGUCAGAAUCAGCUGUUAUAUAACAUAUGCAGAUUUCUAAAUAUACUAUUCCAGCUUUUUUUCUCUUUCACAUCAUCAUCAUCAUCGUCAUCAUCAUCAUCAUCAUCAUCAUCAUCAUCAUCAUCAUCAUCAUUCUCAGUGUUAUUGCCAUGAAACAUGAUGGAAAUGCCCAAAACUGUAAAAUUACCAAUUGGUUACUAUAUAUAUAAUUUGGUCUAUCACUGUUCUCACUGAGGUCAACUUCCAUGUCGUUCCUCUGAGGUUGAGAAACUAAGUAUCAGUAGCAAUCUAUACUCUUGUAACCAAAAUUAGCAAUGUAUCUAGUAAAAUGAAUUCAUUAUUGCUAUCACAAUUUGAAAUAAAUAAUCUAAACAUAACCAAUACAUAAAAAAAGCAAA